AAAAUAACGGAAAUACUAAUUAUCGUGAAUCGAUAAGUUUUUUUGGCAAGCUUUUGUAAGAGAGACAAGCUUGGGAAUCAAAGCAAGCGAAGAUUACAGUGUAACGGAGGAACAAAAACGAAAGAUAGAGAGCAAGAACGAAAGAAAAAAAAAUUGACCAAAAUACAAAAAUUUUAAAUUGGAAUUUCAAUAUCAAUCCAAUAGAGACGAAAUAAAAAAAAAUGUGUUAAGCUACAAGAAAAGAAACUUUUCGAGUGCGGAAAAAAACCCAAAGUGGAUUAAGUUGAAGAACAAAGUGAACAGAAGGUGAGAGAGGGAGAAAGAUUAACAAGUUGUCGUACCUAACCUCCAAAUUAAACGCAAUCUAAUUUAAAAAAAGAAAAGAAAAGGAGCACCCAAAAUGGUUUCACACUAUUACAACAGCAUUCCAUACACGCAAAAGCAUAGUGCCACAAAUUUGGCAUAUGCCUCGGCGGCAGCACCGCCAUGGAAUUGGAAUAACUACCACCACACAACGCCGAAUCAAUUUAUGAGCGAUAUGGAUACCUCUGCCCAUGCUGCACAUCAUGCUGCUGCCCACCAAAUGUAUUACAAUUCCCAUAUGUUCCACUCCGCCGCAGCGGCCAGUGCCAGUGAUUGGCAUUCACCAGCCUCCAGUUCAACGGAUAAUUUCGCCCAAAAUGUGCCCACAUCUGCGCAUCAAUUGAUGCAACAGCAUCAUCAUCAUCAUUCCCAUGUCAAUGGUGGUUUGCCCAGCAAUGGAUCUAGCAGUUCCGCCAGCUCCGCCGGUAGUCACAGUUCAGCCACAGGCGGCGGCCCCACAUCUUCGGGUGCCACUCAGCUAAAUGAGACUAACAGCAGUAUUGCAGUAGAUGCUCCAGGUUCACAUUCUCAGCAGCCGCAUAUAGCCGAGGGAUUGCCAUCGCCACCGAUUACUGUUUCGGGCAGUGAGAUAUCUAGUCCAGGAGUACCCAAUUCAGCGUCAUCGCCACAUCAUUUGGCCCAUCAUCAUUUGAGUGGCUCAGCCGGUUCCGGAGUUCCCAAUAACAAUAACAAUAAUAGCCCAUCCACCCACAACAACAACAAUAAUAACAAUAAUGUUACACCCAACAAUAAUAAUCGGACAUCACCAUCGAAACCGCAAUACUUUGACUGGAUGAAGAAACCAGCCUAUCCAGCACAACCUCAACCAGGUAAAACCCGCACCAAGGACAAAUAUCGUGUAGUUUAUACGGAUUUCCAGCGUCUUGAAUUGGAGAAAGAAUAUUGCACCUCACGUUACAUAACCAUACGACGCAAAAGUGAAUUGGCCCAAACAUUGGCCCUAUCGGAACGUCAAGUGAAAAUCUGGUUUCAGAAUCGUCGAGCCAAGGAACGCAAACAGAAUAAAAAGGGCAGCGAUCCGAAUGUUAUGGGCGGUGUGCAGCAUACGGACUAUAGCCAAUUAUUGGAUAGCAAAACAAAAUUGGAGCCCAGUUUGCAUUUACAGCAUCCAUUGCAUUCAAUGAAUCCCAUGGCCAUGAAUAUACCCGCCAUGCGAUUGCAUCCAUUGACGGCUCACAGUCAUUUGGCAGUUGCGGCGGCGCAUUCACAUCAAUUGCAACAUAGUGCGGCGGCUGUGUCUGGUGUCGGUUCGCUAUCGAUGUGACCACCAGAAUAUGGUAUCGAUCUACACUAUAACAACACCAACAACAAUAGCAGCAACAACAACAACCACAACCAGAACCAUCAGCAUAAUGGCAACAGCAGCUAUAUGGAACAAGGGCAGCAACAAUCAUCUUUGGGUUUCAGUGUUGCUCUCACAACAUGUCCUAGUGAUUUGGCCGUGGAUUUGGCUUAGAGUUGGGACAGUACCCAUUCCCAAACAGUCAGACUGUCAGGGACUGUCACCAUAAGAUUAGAGGCAACAGCGUCAUUUGAAUAUUGCACGUUGUUAACUUUUUGUGAUUGUAUAUUCUAAGCGCUAAAAAUGUUGCCACGACCCAAAAUAAAAAAGUAGAGGAGUAGAAGAGGUUUUCUGUCUAAGCCAUCUCCCUAAGCCAGAAAACACAUAUAUUUCCAGUAUGAUGUAUAACUGUAAAAAAAUUUUAUCUAUAUAUAUUAUUAUUAUUAUUAUUAUUUUCCA